UUAUUGAGCUGCCUCUCUUUCUCUCUCUCAAAGUCUCUCAAUACACAAGACACAAAAAACACUCUUUUCUCUCUUUCUCUGUCUCAAACAUAACAUGAGCGGCGGUGGGGAGACUAGGGUUUCAAUCCCAAGCAAUGUAAAGGAUACGAUCCAGGACAUCAGAGAGAUCACCAAGAAGCAACACAGCGACGAUGAAAUCUACGCUGUGCUCAAGGAGUGCUCUAUGGAUCCCAACGAAACCGCUCAAAAGCUCUUGUAUUUAGAUACAUUUCAUGAAGUCAAAAGGAGAAAAGAUCGGAGGAAGGAGAACUUGAAAGGUAGAGCAUCUGAAGAUUCUAGAAUGCCACCAGGCACACAGAGGCGAGUGUCUAGGGGUGGUGGCCAAGGGAAUUAUUCUUCCAGCAUCUCUUCUGAUGCUGGUGGUGGGAGGAAUGCUUCUGCUCGGAGGGAAAAUGGGGUCAAUCACGUUGCAGAUAGAGGUUCUAUGCCCUCUUCUGUUAAGCCAGUUCUACAGAAAAUGAAAAACAUUGCUGCAACUUCAAUGCCAACGGCUUCAACUGGCACACCAAAUGGGGUCACAAACCUAUCAAAUGGGAGUUCUAUUCACAGUUCUGCCCCCAAAUCCCCUAUGGGUGUUGAUAACAAUGUUCGUGAAGGAGGUUCAGCUAUAGAUGUAAAGAAGUUAGGAGCUGCAGCAUCUCGCCCUGCCGCUGUGGCAUCUACACCUACCUUUGGCUCACUGGAUCAUGAAAAGCCCGUGUCAAUACCUGAACAGCUCCCAAUUUCUGCCCCAUCAGCAUCUGCUUCCUCUGUUUACUCUUCUGCUUCAGAUCCUGCUGUAUCAAAUCAUGUUCAAGAAAACAAAAAAGGCUCUGUUGAUGCUAUUGGCUUGGAGUCGUCCAAGAGUGUAAAAAGGGCCUCCAGAUCUGCUAAUUCUGUGGUGGUGGCUGAAAAGAAUUGGAAUAUUAAGCCUUCACAACCCCAUUUUCCCUCGAAUGAUGAUGGUUCCUUGGCCAAGCUGCCUUCUAAAAGUGUUAAACAGUCACAGUUAGAGCCUGCUGUUCCUCUGAAAGUGGUCACACUGGAGGUUGUAACCAACGCUGUUGAAGCUACUUCUCAAGUGCCUCGUGACUCGAGUCUCUCAUUUGCAAAACAUGUUACUUUUCCAAAUCAUAUCCAAGUCCCUGAAGCUUUGAAAAAUGUAUUGACCUUUGGAAGUAUUGAUGCUACUUUUGGACCGAGAGUAGACUCAGUUAAUGGUACUGGUGGUGAUAACUUCUCUAUAGGUGCUGUUGAAUCUUCUCAGGAUACUGAUGAAACCACUAAAGAACCUUCUCCUAGCAAUGAUAUUUUAUCCUCACGUGUGCAAGGAGAUUUUUCUGAGAAUCCACCAUCAAUACCUAACGCGCUUGAAAAGUUACCGCCUACAGAGGGUAAUGUCUCUUCAAGUACAGACUCAAAAAGUGAACUUCCAAAGCAGGAGUCGCAGUUGCCACCAGAAGGUCCACAGAGCCAAACUGCUCUACAUGCCCCUAGCUAUAAUCUUGGGUUCUUUCCCCCCAUGCUAGGGAGCCAGCUUUUACAGGUGGAAGGGCAUGAUAAUCAGGCACAUGAAACACCCCACCUUCCGAACUUUGUUGGUGGAAAUUCUGCUGCUGUGCCUAGCCCAAACUCAACUCCACCACUGCCAAGCUCCAUACCUGUCUCUCAGCAGUCAGUUCCGGUUUACAGGCAGACUUAUCCCCCUAAUUUCUACCCAUAUGGCCACUAUCUCUCUCCAUAUUAUAUGCCACCAAUACACCAGUUUUUAGGUCACAAUGGCUUUCCUCCUCAACCUUCAGCUGGGAAUGUAUUUCUACCACCACCACCUGCGGCAGCUGCUGCUGGGGUUAAAUUCCCUCUUCCACAUUUCAAGGCUGGGGUGAAUGCUGGAAAUCCAACUCAAUAUAGUAUUCAAUCUGGUGGUUCAUUUAUCAACACCCCUGGUGGUUAUGCUCCCGGUUCAGCAGUUACAUCUGGAAGCUCCGUUGGUAAUGAAGAUCUUGGAGCAUCUCAAUUGAAGGAAAAUCAUAUCUACACAACUGGACAACUGACUGAGGGUUCAACUGUUUGGAUACAUGCUCCGGGACAAGAUAUGUCCAGCUUGCAAGUAAGCUCUAUGUACAACCUUCCUCAGGGGCCGCGUCUCACCUUCUCGCCCAUGCAGGCUGGGCAUGGUGGCAUGGCUGGAAUUUAUCCACCUGGGCAAACGAUUGCCUCUCCAACAUUUCUGCAACAGUCUCAGGCUGUGGCUGGAGCUGCUGAAACUAUAGGACCACAGUCUGCUGCUUAUCAGCAGCCACAACAUACACAGAUGACUUGGAAUUAGGACUUUUGAUUUGGCAGAACUUUGCUGAGUGACGACACAGAAACACAUCUUCUGAGGAUUGAGUUAAACUGGAAAUCUGAUAUCUGGCAUGUUUUGAGUGUAAAUAUGAAAUGCUGCCCAGACAUUUUUGGAAUAUCAUCUUGACCAUCUGAAGUUGAAAGAAGAUAGGUUUGGGUUUUUCCAUGGUUCAUCUUUUAUUGUCUUUUGCUUUCCUCAUCUAUUCUGUAGCGCCUAGCCUCUUAGUAAUUUUUUUUUUUUUCAAAAAGAAAAAUCCCUUGGUUGGAAAUGAGUAUUUAGCUUUGAAACUUAGUAAUUCCUUUAAGAUGUUAUAGGAGAAGUAAGAGAAGAGGAUGAUAGAGUAGAGGUGGGAUUUUCCAAUUUUUCCUUUCUGAUGUCUCACCUGUAUAUUAAUGAUAGCAAAGAAUGUCGUAUUAUACGGUUGUAAUUGGUCUAUGAGAAUUGCCUUCUCUGUU